UUGUUUCUUUUCGAGCACGAGACAUUUCCCACAGACAGUACGGAUGGAAUCGUAACAUAAUGGAAUCACAGCACGACGGUUUAUCUCAGUUAUCCGGAACCAGGGAAGAGGUGGUGGUCCAGAAACCUAACAAAACAUUAUAUUUUUCAUCAGUGGAGACGGAAGACUCCAGAGGGAGUCCAUACUAUGGGCAGAGACGGAUAUCAUACCAAGACUUCCUUAACCAGCCAUCAGUAGAUCUGACAAAACUUCGGUCGAACUGGAGAGCAGACGCCCGUAUCAUUCAAAACGCCAGCAACAAGAAACGCUAUUUAACGAUUGGCAUACCGACAGUGAAGCGAGAGAAGGAUGAGUAUAUUUUGAGUACCGUCCAGUCCAUCGUGAACUGCACGCGGAAGGAGGAACAACAGGAGAUCUACAUUGUUGUCUUCCUUGCCGAUUUUGACGAGGACUGGAAGGCCAACAUCAGUAAACAUCUGCGACAGCAGUUUGGCGAUAUCAUUUCCACGGGAACGCUGCACGUGAUCCAAGCAUGGGAUUCAUUUUAUCCGCCAUUGGAUAAUUUAAAACAUACAUUUAUCGACCCAGAGACGAAAAAGAAAUGGCGGGCUAAACAAAAUGUCGACUACGCGUUUUUGUUUAUGUAUAGUCAGGUUCUUGCCACGUACUAUAUACAAAUGGAGGAUGAUAUAUAUACCGUACCGGGUUAUUUUAAAGUUAUAAAAGACUACGUCAAGAAGUUCAAGGAGCGCUGGGUGUGUUUAGAAUUCUCCGAAUUAGGAUUCAUUGGAAAAUUAUACCACUCCGAGGACAUCGACAAACUGGCCAAAAUGGUCUUGUUGUUUUACGCACAGCAACCGUGUGACGUCACGUAUUUGAAUUUCAAUGUUCAGAUGUUGCAGUUUAAGCGACACAUUCGUCGGCCGACGAUAUUUGAACAUGUCGGCUAUCAUUCGUCACUUCCGGGGAAAAUACAACCCCUUAAGGAUCGUUUCUUUGAGGAACAUCAAAAAUCGAUAAAGGGUGACAACCCACCCGCGAAAUUGUACACCAGUUUGCCAUUUGAGGGAUAUUUCAACCCUGACAAAGCCUACCGUAGAGAGGAAGGGAUUUUCUGGAGUUCUAAAAAUGGCCGAGCAAACGAUUGGUUCUCCGUGGUAUUCGAUGAACCUCAGUUGUUAAGCAAAAUAGUUAUCCAUACCGGAAUAAAAUCUCACCCUGGUGAUAAAAUACAUUUUGCAAAACUGGAGGCAAGUCUUGCGUCGACGCCCAGGGGCCCCGGCAAACCCGAGUGUAGCCGGAAUAAACUGCUAGGGUAUUUUGAAGAUGGCGACAUAGAACUGAAUGAAGUUCGGUCUAUCACAGGAGAAGAAAAAAUUCGCUGUUUGAAUAUCAUCAUCACCAACAAACAGGAAACUUGGGUGAUAGUUAGGGAGAUAGCGGUGUUUACUGUACACCACGAAAUCAAGCAGACAACAAAAAAUCUGGGUGAUAGUUAGGGAGAUAGCGGUGUUUACUGCACAACACGAAAUCAGAAAGACGUCUUAAGCAUUGCAGAAUGUGUUAUCCUGAGCACAAAACAAAAGGAUGAGUCAAUGUGAAAUUCUCUGUAACGAAUGUCACAUGUGAACGUGCCGUUCUAAAAUCAAAUUGAAUGUUUGUAUGUGUGUAGGUCAUGAGAGUUAUUUAUCGUGUGUAGGUCACGAGUUAUCGUGUGUAGGUAACGAGAGUUGGUUAUCGUGUGUAGGUCACGAGAGUUAGUUAUCGUGUGUAGGUCACGAGAGUUAGUUAUCAUGUGUAGGUCACGAGAGUUAGUUAUCAUGUGUAGGUUACCAGAGUUAGUUAUCGUGUGUAGGUCACGAGAGUUAGUUAUCAUGUGUAGAUUACCAGAGUUAGUUAUCAUGUGUAGGUCACGAGAGUUAGUUAUCGUGUGUAGGUCACGAGAGUUAGUUAUCGUGUGUAGGUCACGAGAGUUAGUUAUCGUGUGUAGGUCACGAGAGUUAGUUAUCGUGUGUAGGUCACGAGAGUUAGUUAUCGUGUGUAGGUCACGAGAGUUAGUUAUCGUGUGUAGGUCACGAGAGUUAGUUAUCAUGUGUAGGUCACGAGAGUUAGUUAUCGUGUGUAGGUCACGAGAGUUAGUUAUCAUGUGUAGGUCACGAGAGUUAGUUAUCGUGUGUAGGUCACGAGAGUUAGUUAUCGUGUGUAGGUCACGAGAGUUAGUUAUCAUGUGUAGGUCACGAGAGUUAGUUAUCAUGUGUAGGUCACGAGAGUUAGUUAUCAUGUGUAGAUCACGAGAGUUAGUUAUCGUGUGUAAGUCACGAGAGUUAGUUAUCGUAUGUAGGUUACGAGAGUUAGUUAUCAUGUGUAGGUCACGAGAGUUAGUUAUCGUGUGUAGGUCACGAGAGUUAGUUAUCGUGUGUAGGUCACGAGAGUUAGUUAUCGUGUGUAGGUCAUGAGAGUUAGUUAUCGUGUGUAGGUCACGAGAGUUAGUUAUCGUGUGUAGGUCACGAGAGUUAGUUAUCGUGUGUAGGUCACGAGAGUUAGUUAUCGUGUGUAGGUCACGAGAGUUAGUUAUCGUGUGUAGGUUACGAGAGUUAGUUAUCAUGUGUAGGUCACGAGAGUUAGUUAUCGUGUGUAGGUCACGAGAGUUAGUUAUCGUGUGUAGGUCACGAGAGUUAGUUAUCGUGUGUAGGUCACGAGAGUUAGUUAUCGUGUGUAGAUCACGAGGGUUAGUUAUCGUGUGUAGAUCACGAGAGUUAGUUAUCGUGUGUAGGUCACGAGAGUUAGUUAUCGUGUGUAGGUCACGAGAGUUAGUUAUCGUGUGUAGGUCACGAGAGUUAGUUAUCGUGUGUAGAUCACGAGGGUUAGUUAUCGUGUGUAGGUCACGAGAGUUAGUUAUCGUGUGUAGGUCACGAGAGUUAGUUAUCGUGUGUAGGUCACGAGAGUUAGUUAUCGUGUGUAGGUCACGAGAGUUAGUUAUCAUGUGUAAGUCACGAGAGUUAGUUAUCGUGUGUAGGUCACGAGAGUUAGUUAUCGUGUGUAGGUCACGAGAGUUAGUUAUCGUGUGUAGGUCACGAGAGUUAGUUAUCAUGUGUAAGUCACGAGAGUUAGUUAUCGUGUGUAGGUCACGAGAGUUAGUUAUCGUGUGUAGGUCACGAGAGUUAGUUAUCGUGUGUAGGUCACGAGAGUUAGUUAUCAUGUGUAGGUUACGAGAGUUAGUUAUCAUGUGUAGGUCACGAGAGUUAGUUACCUUGUUUGUUGAUAGUUAUGUAAAAGCAAUAUUUCUAGCUUCACGAAUUUUAUGAGAAAUUUGUCUACGAGUGAAGAGUGUGAUGUUCAGGUGUGAGAUAUUUGUUAAUUCUUUACUGUAGUUUAUAUUGGUGAAUAUUUUUUUUACGUCUGUACUGUUGUUCAUAUUUGUGAGAGUUUUUAUUGGUGAGUGUUUUUAUUGGUGAGAGGAGUGUUUGUAUUGGUGAGUGUAUUUUUAAGAUGUACAAUAUGCGCCAUUUAUAAACUUUAUUUUCUACAAUGAUUUUUUAAAGAAACUGUUUGAACUCAUUUGUUCUUGUAGAAAUGGAUAGCAUUAAUUUUUCCUUACUUUUUAUCUUUCAUUUUAGUGUAUUAUUAUCAUUUUGAAAAAGUACAAAAAUUGUCCAUGUCGUCCAAAUGUUUUGUGAACCAAAGGUUAUAUGAACAAGGUCAAGUUUUUUCAAUUAUUUUUGAAAUGCCUGAAUUUUUAGAUGCUAAUACAAAAAUAUUAUAUUUCCUACAAACAAUGGUUGCUGAACACCGGAAGUUGUGUGAUGGCUCUGACGUCAUGUUGAUUGGGCAGGAUUUCAGAGCUGAGAUAGAAGCUAUUUUUAAUCUUCUACAAUUUGUUUUGUUCUCGUGCACUUUUUUAUAUAAAAAUGUUACAGAUUUAAACAUGCGCACGGUUUUUGUUACGAAAUAUCCCUUUCAGAUUGAAACAAACCGGGAGAUAUAGAUUCAGUGUUUUUCCUGUACAAAGUCAAUCUCUCACCAGAGGGCGUAUUACUCUACGCGACAAUCUCUCACCAGAGGGCGUAUUACGCUACGCGACAACACCUCUGUCAACGUCUGAAUGUCAAGAUUCUUGGCAAAACUUAUUUCUACCUAUUGCAUUAUAAAGUAUGAUUUUACAAGUUUUAGUGUUAAGCUUAAAAUCUUACAGUAAGUUCACAAAAACAACGAAUUUCAUGAUUAUUCUAGUAUUAUUGGAUGAAUGAAUAUUUAUAUAAAACCUUUUAAUUCGCUCAGGUGUCUCAUAUUUACCAGCUUCUGCGUUUAUAAAAUUCAGACAUGUGUUUGAUUUGCUUAGAUAUUAUCAUUACAGUUUGAUAUGCUAAGUUAGUUUUAGUACGUUUUGAUAUGAUUUUUAGACGUUGACAGAGGUAUUAGUGGAGCAUAGCGGGAACGAUAACUCUGGGUAGAGAUUGGUACAAAGUGUGUUUGUAUAUUGUAAUGCUGUGUUAUAGUAACCGGUGUUGUAGCAUAGACUUUCACCUCGGUAAAACGGGCCCGGGAUAGAUUCCCCCCAUAGGUGGAAAAAGUGCCCCA